CUCAUUACCCCGAGAGCCUGGUUGCCAUUGCAACUUGGAAUCCUACAGCGAGCUGAAUGGCUGGGGCAGCCUGGGCGGAAUCGGUGACCGCGGAUCUGGAGGGAAGGAUCCCCACGGCUUCCCGCCCGGUGUCGGCGUGUGUCCACAACGUUCUCCCGCGAAAAGGAAGAAGACACUGGGCGCCCGGUUCCACCAGCUUUCAUCGGACCCUGCAGGCCCUGCCCAAGAAGCCAGGGGACGCAGGGCGUCCUCGCCCGCGCCUUUCAUCCCUAGAUCUCCAAGCAACGGCUGGUUCAUCACCCCAAUGACGCUGCCCUUUAUGAGCUACUUUCAUGUCGGCCGCCGGGAGCGCAGUCUCAGCAAUAAGCCCAGAGAGGAGACAUGACAGGCGCCCAGCCCUGCCUCGGAGUUUAUAAGGCAGCUCACGGGGUGAGGUCCCCGCUCCUCUGUGUCCCCCGAGGUCCCACCCCUCAUAAACUCGGCUCAGCACGCUUGGCUGGCUCAAGGCAGUGUGGACGCAGACUCAGCGAAUAGGGCUACAACUUAGUCAUCCUUCCAAGACCGUCCUCACCCAAGCCAACAGUUGUGGAGUUGAGUUAAAUUAGGGCUUUCUGCGGUUAAGCCGAGGGAGUUUGAGGUUCUCCUGUAAAGCUGAAGGGACUAAGACAGAAAAGGACCUGGGGACUUUAAAAGGUGCUGGGGCUAGGAAGCUAACGCGGAGAUACCGAGCACUUGCCUUGCAAGCAAGCGACCCUGGGUUUAAUCCCGGCGCUGCACAUUAUCGAUGUACCAGGAAGACGGUGUCAAGGCCCUGUCCUGUUUGCAUGGCCCCUACCUAGCAGAGAGCUGAGGGCGAGGGCAUGGGCAAGCUGGCAUGGGGAGGGCAAGGGCAUUCAGCAGCCCUUUCCAGGCUAUCCAUUCUGUGCCGAGUGGGAGGGCACAGUCCCACAGACAGCCCGCGCUCCUACCAGGAGCUGCCCUCCCCGCACCCAUCUUCCCUUCUGUGCUGUCCUAUUGGCGCCAACUCCUUUACACCCACGAGCUCUCAACCCUGUCUCCAACCUAGACCUUUCCCAGUGUUCCAAAUCUGUACACUACCGACUGGGUAACUUCUGCUGUUUCUCCUGAUGUUGAGGCUCAAUGUGCACUGAACUUUCUCUAUCCCUCAACAAUAGAUGGACCAAAUAGCGCGUUUGAUUCUCUUCCCCAAGUUCCCAAUUAUCUGCUUGGUGAGGUACCCCACCACCACCACUGCCCUGCUGCUACCUGAGGCUGACCACUGCGCUGACACCACCAAGUCUCUCACUGGCUUCGGACACGUGGUCCAUUGCACUCGGUUCCAUCUCUGGCCUAGCACACUGACCUCUGAAGAGUUGCAGUGUUUCCAAGGGCCAUGAUUCCCACUGUGUGCCCUCCACCCGACCCCCCAGCCCCCAGCCCUUCACCAUUCACUGGGAUUUGCCCUCCGGGCAGCUCUCCUUGAUGUCCCACAAUGCUCGACUCCUCCAGCCGUACUCACCGUGGCGCACUGUGAUUGCUGGGUUAGCCAGCAACUCCACUGGACCGUGACAUACUGGGGUCAGACACGUGGCAGCUUCUCGGCUCUUCCCCGCACAUGGCCCUGCACGUGGUCCGGAAGCCCUGGACGAGGGCUGCAGGAGCCGCUCAGUUCUGGAGUGUGCUAUGCCUAAGGUCCCGGGAUCCAGCCCCAGCACCGCAGAAGAGAUAAAGAAGCAUCUGACGACUCAUGAUUGCGCAGACGAAGCGCUCGUGAAGGACGGCAGCCUUUAGAAAGAACAUGUGGGCCCUGAGACCCCCCAAAACAGCGGCUCGCGUCCGGAAGCCUAGAACCUGCAGCCCUCGCGCUCUACAGGGCCUGUUCCCGGCCGGCAUUUCCCGCGUCGGCCUCUGGGGGCGCUGUGCGGCCUGCGCUCGCUCCGCCACCGGAACUCGCCUUGCCGACCGGAAGCCCGGGGGCGGGGCUCUGCGGAGCCCACUUCCGCCGGGGCCGAUCGGGAGCUCCGGGGCCAGUCUGCCCAUCCCCCGGUCCCUGCGCGCUCCAGCGGGCCUCGGGGGUGUGGCCGGGCCCGGGAGGUGCGGAGCCGGCGCGGGCUUCUCUGGCCGUGAUCCGUUAGUCCCUGGGUGUCUGCUAAAGGCCGGGCUCGCUCUGUGGGAGGGGUCCUUGGCGGGCGCGGCCCCUGGGGAGCGGCUGUGGGCGCGAUCUCUGCCGUCUGCGCGGGGAUCUGGCCGUGGGGCUCCUGGGUCCCUUUCGGGGAAGGUGAUUCUGACUGCGUCUCCCCAGCGGGAGCGCUGCAGACCCCGGGAGCCGCGCUUCAGCCCCUGCCUGGCUCGGCGGAGGGAGGGCUUCCUCUGCUUUGAUCCCCUUACCCCGCCUCACCCGGGCGCCUCUGUCCCUCCAGCUUGGAGGCGAAGCAUGGGGAAGAGCUGCAAGGUGGUCGUGUGUGGCCAGGCGUCAGUGGGGAAAACUUCCAUCCUGGAGCAGCUCCUGUACGGGAACCAUGUAGUGGGCUCUGAGAUGAUUGAAACCCAGGAGGACAUCUACGUGGGCUCCAUCGAGACAGACCGGGGCGUGCGGGAGCAGGUGCGCUUCUAUGACACCCGUGGGCUCCGGGACGGGGCUGAGCUGCCCCGGCACUGCUUCUCCUGCACAGAUGGCUACGUCUUAGUCUACAGUACUGACAGCCGAGAGUCUUUCCAGCGUGUGGAGCUCCUGAAGAAGGAGAUUGACAAGUCUAAAGACAAGAAGGAGGUCACCAUUGUGGUCCUGGGCAACAAGUGUGACCUGCAGGAGCAGCGGCGGGUGGACCCGGACGUGGCUCAGCACUGGGCCAAGGCGGAGAAGGUGAAGCUGUGGGAGGUGUCGGUGGCUGACCGCCGCUCGCUGCUGGAGCCCUUCGUCUACCUGGCCAGCAAGAUGACGCAGCCCCAGAGCAAGUCGGCCUUCCCCCUCAGCCGCAAGAACAAGGGCAGCGGCUCCCUGGAUGGCUGAACAGCUGCUGCCCGCUCACCCGCUGGCCACAUGGAGCCCUGGGGCCCGGAGAGUGGGUGGGGAGUGAGGGCGAGCCCUGCUCAGCCUGGCAGCCGGGCUUUCUCCUCCUGGCCACUCUGGCCCUCUCAACCCCAAGUAGUGCAGCUAGUCUUCAUUAGCGCCCCCUCUGUACUCCCCGCCUCUCCUAGCUGACAUCCUGUCCACACUGUUGCCUAGGGCGGUGUCCCUCCUGUCCGCCUGACAGGAAAAAGAACUGCCAUGCCGCAAGUGCCCAAUCCAGGGUCUGGGGCCUUUUUGAUUUUGAGACAGGGUCUUGCUAAGUUUCCCAGGCCAGCUUCAAUCUUGGAUCCUCCUGCCUCAGCCUCCUGAGUAGGUGGGAUUCCAGGUAUGCACCCUCAUGCCUGGUAGGGUCUGGUUCCAGUGACAGGGUUACCAGUGCUCCGAGCUUCCGGCUUGGCGCACACGUGCGUAUGCACACACACGCACACACAC